GACUGGCGAAAAUAUUUCGAGAUUUGUCGUAGGAAAAUUUCACGAACGUAUUGCAUUAUGGGUGUUACAUGAAACGAAUUUUUAAAGGCUUAUUGCUAUACCGUAGCGAGAGAGGUUUGUCACGAUCCGACUGCGAAUUUUUACGGACUUAUUGGAAAUUUGCGGAUGGAAAAUCGCGGAGAAUGCGCAUGGUAUUGUAUUAUAUUUAUUUAUUCCAGUUUAAUGAUCUAGAAAUGGACUCGGUUUCGCAAACACGAUCUACAGAUAAUUACGAUACCAUAAAAAUAUCAAUGCAUAUGAUAUACAAAUAUAUAUACAAUAUACAAAAUAAAGUGCUUACCGUAAUUUGUAGUAGGCGAAAGAAAUUAAUACGUAGGUUCCAUUCCUUCGUAAAAAAUUCGUAGUCUAGUUGUGAUUAUAUUUGAAAAUUUUGAAACGAAACCGAGUUUUCGAUAGAGAUUCCUAUUUAUUUAGCUUGUUAAACUCGAAACUUAAAAGAGGAGACGUCGUUGCAGGACGAUAAAACUUCAAAAUGUUUCAAGUAAAACACAUAACACGUUCGUAAAAGGUUUUUAUAGGUGCUUUCAGAUACUUUCGUGAAAUAUUGCGUGUCUCUGUAGAGUACGUGUUAUUCUUUCAAUAAAGCGACUUGGUCGAAUAUCUCGAAAGAAAAAUAUCAAAUUGAAAUAACUUAAAAUCGUGUCCUUUUACGGAAUUUCCUCGUCAGUUGCUUUUAUUGCUUCUGUUUUCUUUCCUAUUUCUAAUUGUAUUUGUCGAUUAAUGCUCGAUACUGUAUUGUAAAAUAACUUGAUUAAUUGAACCUAACCCGACGUGUCGAAAGAAAAACGUGAAAUUGAAAAAAGAAAAGAAAUAAUGGAUGCGGAUGCCGACAUCUAAUCCGACUGAUUCGUUUUUCUUUUUUCUCAUUCUGAAAUUGUAUCUGUCGAUUGAUAGUCGCGACUGUCGUGUAUUACGUUGCAAGUAAUUAGUCAACUAUGAUGGAACCAACUAUCGAGUAGAACGAGAUUUUCCGUUUGAUUGGCGAAACCUGUUCGGAGACUCGAUUUGCAUGCAAUUAGUCGUCACCAGGAUGUUCCGGCAGCUUAAUGAAUAUUUUUCAGCCUUCAUUUAAAUUCAUGAAACGAAGUUCUGUAUCUGAUACCCUGUGAAUAUGUCGCGACUAAUUUGGAUAAACGACAUACGGUGACAUAAGGUGAAUUGCCGAUUCUGCCACCUUAAAUUAUUUGUAAACGAAUUGUAUUUAUUAUCUCCUUUGAAUUACUCAAUUAAUCAAAGGGUUUCACGUUGCACUUACAAAAAGCAACCCUCGUAUCUGUGUAGAAAUAUAAAUUAACAAAAAAGAAAAAGAAAACUAACUGUUGGUGUUGUUUUUUUAUCCAACAACUCGUGUACACGUAAUUCGAAAUGAGUCAGAACCUCUACUGACUCACACCAUAUAGAGAAUUAAAUUCCGUUAUUUGCAGAAAAAAAGAAUAUUUGAAAUAUUUUGUGUACUCGUGGGAUUAAUAUUUUUUGGAGGAAUUCGAUCGAAUAUUUCGCUGGCAAAGUUGGACAAACACACGUGAGGGCAUGCUUUCGAGCUGUCGUACUCCGGAAUUAGUACCGUUCUCAAUUGACGCCUACAAACGAUACGACCUCUUCUGCUAUGGGAUAGCACCAUUAUAAUGCGCACCGAAUAAAUUACUAACAGCUAAUGGCGAUUCAACGUUGCCGGUGUUGAUCGAGCCCUUCCGGUUCGUAUUUCUUACAACGACUACCGCCAAAUUGUUUUCAUGGAAUCUUCGAUUCGUACAAAAAUCGCGGGAGAAUCGGAGAAAAAAUCGGUACAUUUAUCUUCAGGAAUAUUUUUACCAAUAACACCGUAAAUAAAAAAUGAAAGAUACGAUUAGACGUUAGAUAAAAACCGUACUCAAAUCACGCUCAAGAUUAAUCUUUUUGCCAUUUUAUAUCUUUCGGAAUAUUUGUACGGAGGCAGGCGAAGCUGAUAAAUCAGCUAAAGAGAAAGAGAUAACUCGAUCUUAUUUGAAGAUAAAUCUGAAUCGUGAUUGAUAUCUUGGCAAACAUACGAGGACGAAACUUUGGACGAGCUGGAUGUUCUCUAAAUUAUGUAAAUUAGUUCCAUUAUUUUUAUAUCAUACGCCAGAAAUUCUGACCAAUAAUUUUCUCGGUUCUCACGAUAUUUCCCUCAUCAGUGCCAAUAAAACGUCAUUGAUAUUGGAUUUUAAUUAACCUAGAUACCAUCCGAAUUUCUUUUCCAUGUAAUAUUUGCUCAUGUAUGUAAUUUCAAUUCGACGUAUUAAUGAAAUUCUCUGUGUUCCUGUUUAUCGUUCAUUUAUUGUUUCUGCACUGCGCAAAGAGAAGAACAAAUCUCAAAGGCCAAACCGAUCAACCUCACUUCUUGUGAAUAUCUCAAUUUUAUUAUUCGAAGAUAUAUGUAAUUAGUGUGCAAUAUCUCGAAACACAUGCGACUUAUUUUCCUAAUUUUAUUUAUCACCAGAAGAUAUCAUAAAUAAUCAGCAAAUUCGAAAGUAAAUUUUCAAAAAUAAUUUCCCUCUACGUUUCAAUUCGUUCUAAAUUCCUCGACGCUGGUUACUAAUAGUUAAAGAGAUAAGCGUGUCAAAGUAUCAAUCAAAGUGUUAACAGCGAAGAAAUCAGCUACAACGUGAUUAAAUAUCUAACCACAUUAUUGAUGAAAUAUUUAAGCAAACCUAAAUACACUAUACACGUUAAAUACUGUAUAGAUAAUUAUUAUUAAAACGAUGAUCGAUGAGGCUAAAAAUAAAUACCUAUAUUAUAUAUAAUCAUAUUUUGACCUCAAUAAAAAGCAACAUUAAUUUUAUCAGAAGUGUGCUCAUUAGCAAUAUAAAAAAUCGAUUGGGAAAUGGAAGAAUCAAUCGUCAACCUCAAAAUUAAUAACAGUGAAAACAAAGCCACUAUCUUCCUAAUAUUAAUGAACAGUGAAAGAGUAUGAAACAUGGGAAGCCUCUUAAAUAUAGCUUGUCGAUUGGAGUCGAAAAAUCAAUCAUUAAUCUUCAAAUUAAUAACAAAAACUAAUAGAAAGGAAACCAAUAUCGUUCCAAUAUUAAUCAACGGUGAAAGAGUAUGAAACUCGGAAAGUCUCUUAAAAAUAGCUUAUCGACUGAAGUGGAAAAAACAAUAAUUAACGUGCAAAUGAAUAAGAAAUUAAUAAAAAAUAUUAAUCAACAGCGAAGAGGCGUCAAACUCAUAAAUUCAAAGUAUCAAGCUCGUAAAAAGGAAUGUCCAACGAGUUGCAGUCUUUCCGUAACAAACGUCCACACGAUCUCCGUAUGGGACAACCUCCUCGUACGUCGACAAACACCGACUUGUUCCAACGCGGCUUGAUAAAUCUGAGUGAUGGAUUUUCGACUCGGGAUAUCGGCUCGAUAAAUCUGAUCUGAGAUGUUCGAUAAUUCGCGGAAAAGUUUGCUUUCGCAAGUAACGCGUACGUCUUCGGUUGACAAGCUCGAGCUCGGGCGUUUGCGUGCGAUCAGCGAUUUCGCGAUGGUUCGCCAAGAACGACGCGACGCCGAUAAGGAGAUGGCUGCUCGGUGAUAAGACAUGCUCCCGGACUUUUCGAGUCAGUCAAACGAAGUCAGUGGAACAAAUCAUGAUUUGCUGGCGUUAUAGUCCAACGCUUCGCGAUGUCGGCCUCGUCGAAAACGUUAUCGGUGAACCGAGUGUACCAUGCUAUAAACGAGAAACAGAUAGUGCCAAUUGAAGAAGACAUCCAGUGUAUCACAUGAAUGUCGUUUUGAGUCGCCGAUGAGAUUCGCGCUUUCGUCGUGCCAAUAACAAUCGAAGAAAAUUGAUUUUAGCUGCCUUUGCGAAUCGUGAACGAUGCUCGAACGUGCAUAAAAGCCGGUGGAUCAACUUUCGAUCAAAAGUCUGAAAUUCGAGGGCUGUGAUUUGACAUCGAGCGCUGGUCGCGACGAGUAUUUUUAGGAAAAGUUCUUUGCUCCAUUUGCUCCGUAAGUUUGCAAACGUAUCGAGAAGGUGGAAUUCGUAGGCCGAUGUUGAUUCGAAGCUUAAACAGAUUUUUCAUUGCGAGAGAAAUUCUCCAUCUCUUUGCUGGAUAAAUCUACGAGAACGGUGGAAACAGUGCGCUUACUCCAGUGUUGGAUCGAAAUUGAAGUAAAUAUGAAAAGAAGUGUAAAAUACAGAGAGAGUGUUGCUUAAAAAUUCGUAGAAUUUUUAGAAGUAAUCGUGAUUGAAGAAAUAGAAGUUUGAGAGGGAAGGCGUCGUUGCGAAGAAUCGCGAUAUCGUUGAUUAAAGAAAAAGAAAAAAGGCAGGAAACAAGGGAAACAUUCCGCGUGACGUAAUCAGGCCAUUUUCUCGCAAAUGAAAAGAGCAAACGUUAUUGUUAGUAGCUGAUAAGUGGAGACCACUGGCCAGGUGUUGGCUCGUAUAAGACGUCCUACAUCAUUGCUCGUACAUCAGUAGAUUCUCCAUCAUCAAAGUCGACACCUAUUCACCCAACCAUUCGGUUCUUCCGCGUACAUCGCGUGUCUUCCGUUCGAACGAUAACAGGCUAUGAAACGAAACGAAAUCUUGGUAAAGAACAAUUUGAUUAUCCAAGAGGAAAUACACUUUCACUUCGUUGGAGAAAUCUUUUAAAAUUAAUUCGAUUAAGACAGACAGAUCCUGCCAGGCUUAAAAGUGGAUUAAAAAGAUUUAAUGGAAUUACCAUUGGAUAAUCAGAGAGAAAUUGAUCGAUGACGUGUGCUUGAUUUUUGAGAAUCAAUUUUAAGAGCAACGGUCGAAGAGCAGAUGCGAUUGCCAGUGAGUUUUCUCAGCUGUGUUCAUAGUUGUCAAAUAGUGUACGAGAAAGGAAAUCGAUAAAUGAUAAACUCUUUUUAGUCUGACUGUGGUUAACGAAACGAGUAACUGCGAGAUCUAAGACGAUAAGUGAAAGACUUACGUGGAACGAUAAUCAAUCGGGACAGGAAGUGAUUGCCUUCCGUUUGAUUAAUUUCAACGCUUCGCGUUUGCAACGAUAAUCGAAGGUCCAUUCUGCCACGUGAGAGGAUUUUUCGCGAUCGCUGAACUAUUUGACAAGAUAGUAACUUGUUAGAAUUAUCGCCGCAAUCGCCGAGAAUUCAUUCCUACUAUCGCUUUCGAUAGUAGCUAUUGUUUUCGUCAAAAUCAAAGGGAAUUUAUUAUCGUUGAGUUUGUUGAAACUUAGCUUAGUAAAGAAACGGAAGAUUAUUGAAAUUAUUGCUGCGAGCAUAAAAAUUGAUACCGACUUAAAGAUCGUCAAAUUUUCCAACGAACGUGCAAAGAAGCAGGAAAAUCGAGAUUUUCAAAAUUAACUGUCAAGUUCGAAGUUGACAUUUGGAGCUUCUGCAAAUUAUAUUAAACCGAGCGUACACGUAGAAAUUUCUGCGCGUAUCGAUAAGUUGUACGUGUGUGUUAUCUAGAAUCGCGCAAGAAACCUUAAGAUCGUGACACAGAGAAAUGUUUGUACGACGUGAAAAAAUCCUUCCGCCACUGAUCCUUCUUCGUUCGCGAUAAGAAAUGAGAAAUUGCAGCUACGUCGAAGCGUGUCGUUUAAUAUCACGUGCGCGUGCAAUCGUAUGUCACAAAUCUGAUUAUCCGAGUGUCUAGAACUUCUUCGUCAAACUAAUAAAUCUUUCGAAUAAAACGGGAACAACGUCGUACGCUAUUAUCCUCGAAUGGAAAAUAUUCUUCGAGGUAGAGUAUUGUCCGAAUACGCCAGCUAACGCGUGUGUAUCAAAGGAAAAAAAGGAGAAGAGGAAGCAAAAAUGAACGGAGACGUUCCAAAAGAUCCAAUUUCGAGCGUGAAAUCAUCCUCGCCGGACAGAGACGAGAAACAAAAUCUGUUGCCAUCGUCGGAACAAACAACACCUGUUAUAGUAAAAAUGUCCAAGACUCCAUCGCUGAAAAGCAGAGAAAUAGUUGGUGAACUUUUGCAACGAUUGACAGUUUGUCAUGGAAAGGUUCAGGAAGGAUCACGUAAAAUGCGAAGAAAUCCAUCGAGCCGGUACAGAGCAUGGCCAACGCGGAAGCUACGUCGUCGCGCCGUGUUAAAAAAUGGCGAGUGCAACGUCCUUCAGUCGCGAAUCUCCAGACGUUCCCUGCGCUUCCUCCGGGACAUAUUCACGACCCUGGUCGACACUCAAUGGCGAUGGAUGUUGCUGUGCUUCAGCCUGAGCUUCGUGCUCUCCUGGCUAGGUUUCGCGGUCAUCUGGUGGCUCAUCGCGUUCAGCCACGGUGACUUUGAAAAGGACCACCUGCCCCCCUAUCAAAUAGACAACAACUGGACACCCUGCAUCAACAAUAUCUUCUCGUUCACGAGCUGUUUCCUGUUCAGUAUCGAGACGCAGCACACGAUCGGCUACGGAAGUCGUGUCACGACCGAGGAAUGUCCUGAGGCGAUCUUCGUUAUGUGCAUCCAGAGCAUCGUCGGUGUGAUGAUCCAGGCGUUCAUGGUGGGCAUAGUGUUCGCAAAGAUGAGCAGGCCUAAGCAGAGAACUCAAACGCUGCUAUUCUCGCGCAACGCUGUUAUCUGUCAGAGGGACGGCGAGCUCUGUUUGAUGUUCCGAGUCGGCGAUAUGAGGAAAAGUCACAUAAUAGGAGCCGCCAUUAGGGCCCAAUUGAUAAGGACCAGGACCACCAAGGAGGGCGAAGUGCUGUCGCAGAACCAACAGGAGCUGGCCGUAGGCACCGAUGGUCAGAACGGUAACCUGUUCUUCAUCUGGCCCACUACGAUCGUUCACAAAAUCAACGCGGAGUCGCCGUUUUACAACAUGUCCGCCGAGGACAUGCUGACCGAGAGGUUCGAGAUUGUGGCCAUCCUCGAGGGAACGAUAGAAUCGACAGGACAAACCACUCAGGCCAGAUCCAGUUAUUUGCCACAAGAGAUCCUCUGGGGACACAGGUUCGAGCCCAUGGUCACGUACUCGAAAGAGAGACAGGGCUACGAAGUGGAUUACUCCUUGUUCAACAAUACCACGCAAGUCGGAACGCCUCUAUGUUCUAGUAGAGAGCUGGCGGAGUUUUAUAAGAUACAGGAAGAACUUCGUCAUGGGAACGGUAUGAUAGUAGACGAGGAUUUCCUAAUGGAGUCUUGUCAGGACAGCCAGUACCACUACGGUCAUCGUCCACACCUAAAUCAUCCUCAUCAUCAUCCAAACCACAAUUUAACCUACGUGGACAGCGGCAGAAGCGAAACCAGCGCCGACGAGGCGACCACCUGUCGAAAUUCUUGCAGAGACUCGACGUAUCACGGACCACCGGUUCCAAAUCGAGACCAUAGCCACUACAAGAUUCUCGAUUUAGACGCUGAUGGGAUCCAGGUGAUGGGUGACGUCGAUCUACAACACUUGCCGGAGGCGGUGAACAGAGAGAUCCUGAAGAACAGCCGCGAGAUCAUCUUCGAAGAGCCAGAAACAUCGAGAGAGGGGAGUCCGUUGUUAAUGAAAUCGACUAAUCGGAAGAACACGAGACACGGUGUUCCGGACGAGGAGAAGAGAUCCUUGAACAGUUCCAAGAGGAGUCUCUAUCAUAGAAAUAUUCUUCGAGGCUUGGAAGAAGAUAAAAGAUCUCUGGAUGGGUCCAGAAGAAAUUUGAAUGGGUCCAGGAAGUAUUUAUUAAUUCCCUUGGAUAACAAGAACGCGGUGGAGACCGGAUACAGGGAGAAUUUCAUCGUUAAUAGAAAACACACGGGCAGCAGAGAGUAUUUAAACGCGACGAGGAAGGCCAUCUACGUAAAAGGAUGCAGGGAGCCCCAAGAAGUGGACGCUAGAGGAAGAUUGAACUCCAACGACGACAGGUUGAUGAUAGAAGUAGAAAAACCUUCGAAAUCGUGUCAGCCACAGGAGAUAUUAGCUAAAGAUAAGAGCACUUCGCUGUCGGAUCCUGAUCUAUCGCCGAACGACUACGUUCCUGCUAUAAAGUCACCAGUUCCAUCGACCUUGUUGCCAAUCUCUCCAGUAUCCGAUCUGUCGCCGGAAUCUGGCUUCUACGAUGGAACGCAGUGGAAUUGCAGCCCGGAGUGCGUUAGAAAGGAUCUAAAAAUUCCCAACGAACCUGUGAUCGCAAGAAAUAGAAGGAGUUACGAGAAUGCGCAGCUUCAGGACGUGAACGAGGUUUUAUCGAGACCUAACAGUGAUAAUAGCUCGUUGGAUAGCGAGGAGUCCAAGAAUUUAGUUAGUGAGACUGGUUCUCGUAAAUUUGGCGAGAAGAAUAUUGCCGCGAAGCAGACGGUCCCUUACACGAGCGUCUGAGCAAAGUGUGCCUUUCUCUUAGUGUAACAUAUCGCUUCCAAGUGCCAGUGCAAUUGUGUUGUACAGAAUAUUGCGUUUUACGUAUUUGCAAAGCGGCAUCGGAGUCGUGAUUGGUCUUACUCGACCCUCGAGCAUCAAUGAUAUUGGACACAGCUGUGGCUGGACGCGAGAAUCUGAACAUUUAUUCUUCGGUUCCAUCGAUCAGUUUGUUUCGCUCUUUCGGGCGAAAUUCUCUUGUCCACACUCUCCUUUACCAAUAUUACUAGUAAAAUUCUACAAGUAGAAAUACUUGAAGUAGAAAUAGAAUAAGUGAAAUUUUGCAAUUGGAUUUUACAAAUUACAAGUCGUCCGACUAUUUCGUUGGACGUGAAGCUGAACGCACGUAAUUGUAAGAAUCUAAGAAUUAAUUUAAAAUUAUAAUUAAUUAUAAAAAGUAGAUAUACGAAAUAAAUUUCGACAAAUUUCUGAGGAAUUCAACAAAUUCGUGAAAUAAGAAUUUUCAAUUAGUUUCACAUAGUUCAUUGUGCUCUGAGGGUUGAGAAAGUAACCAAUGUGUUUCCGUACAGACAUUCUUCGUGUAUGGCAGUGAUUAUACAGAAAAGUGAUAAACGACAGAGCUACAACAAACAAGCGACGGCUAAGGCAUAGAAAAUAAAUCAAAAUUAUUUUCAUUUAUUUUCUAUCGUUCAGCCGUCACGUAUUUCAUCGCUGUGCUUCUUAUCGCUCACCGCUUAGCGUUUAUCGCUCUUCUAUAUAGUCACGGCAUAAAACGCGUAACUUUUCCAACAAUAUAUUAUAAGUAUCUGUGAAUUUAUAUUCUAUAAAUUAAGUAAAAGAUAGGCGGACAAUUAUUUUUGCUAUUUUACGAUGUUUGUAAAUUACACUAAACCGCAGGUCGGUUAGAAGCUUCCAUGUGUAAUAAUUAAAAGAGCCAGUCAAAUUGCUCGUUCAAUUUAGUAAAAUUAAUCUUCUAGAAACGAAACGUGGAUAUAAUCGUUUUUGUUCGAACGGCGAGGCUUUCGAGAACUUGGCUGAAAACGCUUCACGAGGUAGUUUCGAAAACGAAGCAUACGACGCUCUAACCAUUAAUUACAUAAUUAACCGUCAUUUUAAUUAAAACUUGGGAACUGAAAUAUCGAAGCUCUUGGAGAUUUCAUUAAUGAAAAUUAUCAAACAAUUCAGGAGGAACCGGCGAAUUUAAGAUUAAGUUAUCUAAAGUCAGCAUAUUUCAGCGAUAGAUUUAGGUAUAAAGAUCGACUAGAUGUAACAAAAGUACCUAGCAAACUAUCGAAGGGUAUAUUUUUACAAUUUAUCAUGCACAAACGCUGAGGUAUUAAAUUAACGAUACUCUGACUGAAGUCAUCGAUACGUCAGUUACGUCCAUGCCUGGCAAAGCAUCAGUGUUCGAACGAAACUUCGUAGAUUUAGCGAUGCCAUUUAAUUCCUGUUAAUUCUCCCGUAAAUUCACCCAUUAAAGACCAAUUUGCCUGAUAUAGGCAAAUGAAGAAGAAAAAUCGAACGAGUCUUUGGAAUUUCAUUUCGUAACCACGACAUUAAAAAAUGAAAUUCAAUGAUUUACUUCGAUCAAAAACAACAAAAAGAAAAUAUAUAUAUAUAGAUAUUUCAAACGAGUAGUCUUUAGUGGGUUAAUUUGACGAUUUAUGGCGAAAGGAACCGUGUUGGUUAAACAAUUCCACGUACUAUACUUCUAAUUAUGGUAGAUGAAAGAUAGCCACUAUAGCGAAGAAAAAGAAGUGCCUUGUUUUAACUUUCCAUUUCCACGAGAGUGAGGGUAACGAACGUUCUCACCGCCAAAACAAACUAGCCUCGUUUAAUAUUUAUUGCUUGCAAGGUAUCCUAAGCACUAGGUCGACGUUUGUAUAUAGAAACGUUCCCAGUUAAAAAGACACUAUCGAUCGCGAGGAUAGGUUUGCACGAAAUCGACAGCCGCUUCGAGAGCUUCUCAGCUAUGUGAUUCGAUCGGCACAGCGAACCAGAUCGAAUUAUUCUGAUAUUAUUUAGACGGAGUGUGCAGAGGAACCUGAAAUGGUAGAGCUCCGAGUGUUCCUCCGGGACAUGGAUACCUGCCAUCGUGACUUCUAGCAUAAAUUGUGAAACUCUUAUUUGUAAUAAAGACCAUUCGAAAUCUA